GGGUCGCACGAGGAACCCCCGCGUAAUGUACGGGAGUGAGCCAGCGGUGACCGCGGGGCGAUGCUAGUCAGCUCAGACCUAUGUCUGUCAGGAGCCUCCAUCGCCGGGUGUCAGGACCCGGGGGAUACGUGCAGCACUUCCACAACCAAAACGGAGAGAAAACUUUGCUUAUCACAAAGGCUAGGUCAGCAGAACAGUCGGUCAUAUGGAGGGACGGCGGCGGGGACGGCGGAGAAAGACGUGGCGGAGCUCGGCGCGUGCCCAGUCUACGGCUAGCGAACGGGCGGGUGGCCGCGGCUCAGUCCGAAGAAGAGAUCCGCUCGCCGCCGCCGCGCCGCUUGGCCAAGGAUGACUCCAUCAAGAUCAGCAUCGAGAACACCAACACGUGCACCGACUCCCUGGUGACCGCACUCGAUGACGAGACGCUGCUCAUCGCGGACUACCUCUCCAACGACAUGAACUACAAGGGCAGCGGCAAGGUCCACUUCGGCGUGGACGAUGUCUCGCUGUACGGCACCCCCAAGGAGGAACCGGGGCCCACUCCCCUCGGCUCGGCUGAGGCUGGGAAGCAGAGCUUCAUCAAGAACCAACUGCAGGCCCUUUUCCAGCCCACUGACAACAAACUCGCCAUGAAACUCUUCGGCUCCAAGAAGGCCCUCAUGAAGGAGCGAAUACGGCAGAAGGCCGCCGGACACUGGGUCAUCCAUCCUUGCUCCAGCUUUCGGUUUUACUGGGAUUUGUGUAUGCUUCUGCUGUUAGUGGCUAACCUUAUAAUUCUACCAGUGGCUAUAAGUUUUUUCAACGAUGACUUGAGCACCCGCUGGAUUGCCUUCAACUGUCUGUCCGAUACAAUAUUCCUAAUUGAUAUUGUAGUCAAUUUUAGAACAGGGAUAAUGCAGCAAGAUAACGCUGAACAGGUCAUUUUAGACCCCAAACUAAUAGCCAAACACUAUUUGAGGACGUGGUUUUUCCUCGACCUCAUCUCGUCCAUCCCUUUAGAUUAUAUUUUUCUUAUAUUCAAUCAAUUCCAGGAUUACGGCGACAGUUUCCAGAUCCUCCACGCGGGCCGCGCAUUACGAAUUUUGCGGCUCGCGAAGUUGUUAUCUCUUGUGCGAUUGCUGCGUUUAUCCCGUCUUGUAAGAUACGUCAGUCAAUGGGAAGAAGUUUAUAUCUUGCAGAAUCUCCAAAAAAAGCGAACGGAACGAAGGGGGCGCCUCAGUUCGGACCUCAACAAGUCUAAUUACACCAAAAGCAAUCUCAUCUUUAAGUUUUUAAAUAUGGCGAGUGUUUUCAUGAGGAUAUUCAAUCUAAUAUGUAUGAUGCUGCUGAUUGGUCACUGGUCUGGUUGUCUACAAUUCCUGGUACCCAUGCUCCAAGGAUUUCCUGCAAACUCUUGGGUUGCUAUCAACGAAUUACAGGAGGCAUUUUGGCUUGAGCAGUAUUCGUGGGCCUUAUUCAAAGCUAUGUCACACAUGCUUUGCAUUGGUUACGGCCGAUUUCCACCCCAGUCGUUGACAGAUAUGUGGUUAACAAUGUUAUCCAUGAUAUCUGGAGCCACCUGCUAUGCCCUGUUCCUUGGUCACGCUACCAACCUUAUUCAGAGUUUGGAUUCUUCGAGAAGACAAUACCGAGAAAAGGUAAAGCAAGUGGAGGAGUAUAUGGCAUACCGCAAACUGCCUCGGGAGAUGCGGCAGCGGAUCACCGAGUAUUUCGAACAUCGUUAUCAAGGCAAAUUCUUUGACGAAGAAUGUAUUCUCGGCGAGCUUUCGGAAAAACUUCGAGAAGAUGUUAUCAACUACAAUUGCAGAUCGUUGGUGGCGUCAGUUCCAUUCUUUGCCAAUGCUGACUCUAAUUUCGUUUCUGAUGUUGUUACUAAGUUGAAAUAUGAAGUCUUCCAACCAGGUGAUAUUAUAAUAAAAGAGGGAACCAUCGGUUCCAAAAUGUACUUCAUUCAAGAAGGUAUUGUCGAUAUUGUAAUGGCGAACGGAGAAGUGGCGACAAGCCUUAGCGACGGCUCAUAUUUCGGCGAAAUUUGCCUGUUGACGAAUGCAAGAAGAGUAGCCUCUGUGAGAGCCGAAACUUAUUGCAACUUGUUUUCGCUAUCUGUUGAUCAUUUUAACGCAGUACUCGAUCAGUAUCCACUAAUGCGACGCACAAUGGAAUCAGUCGCCGCGGAGAGGUCAGUGCGUUGGUUGAACAAGAUCGGCAAGAACCCCAAUCUACUAGCGCACAGAGAAGAAGACUUGGGCAGCGAGAGCAAGACCAUCAACGCCGUGGUGAACGCCCUGGCCGCCGAGGCGGACCACGUAAAUAUGUCGGACGAGUCGGUGGCGCGCCUCCACGCCAGCGACCGCAGCCUGCAGGAACUCGGCAGGACACUGCAGCGGCUGACCCUGCCCCGGCCCAAGUCGGAAAACAACUUCGCGUCGCAGGACAUGGCCAUGACGCGGGGCGGCGAGCACAACGGCCGGCCCUCCUUCCACAAGUCCGACACGUUCCACAAGGAGUCGGCGUUCCAAUGACGCCACUCCACGCACUAGUGCUCGGUGUUAACCGGACAGCUGUGCCAACUGCCUGUGCUGCAGGUCGCCACGGCAGCGCUGGCAAUUCGCACAGACCGCCGCUGAACUGCUGAUACACACUGGGGGUGCUGGUGCGUGCCGCUUUGCUGUGUCUUGUAUUAAGCAAUACGUGCGACGGACACUACGCUAGAAUUGUGCAAUAUUAGAUACUACGUUAAGUUAGCUUUAAUUAUUAGGUGCUCAAUAAAUUUAAUUAUCCUAGAGUAACACCGCCCGGUUUUUGGCCGAACCGCUGCGGCAGCAGGUGAAUUUUGCCGUCUGAAACUUACUCGUUGUGCCGUGGAAAUCGGCCAGACUUGGUGCAAAUUUGCAAAGGACAAGCGUAGACUACCACGAUCAUAUCAUAUUUUUAGAGAUACCACACUUUAUUUUGUAUAAUGUAUUCUUGUGAAUUCAUAUAGUGGGACGUCACUUCCUUCUCCUUUACGCCGCUUGCCAAUGAAGCAAAUCAUUCGAGUCAAUUUCUAUAAUGAGCAACAUGUUCCUUAGAUUGUUUCUAGCUCAUUCUAUGCCAAAAUGGAUAAUAAAAACUUUUAAUACUUCACAUUAUGUUCUAACUUUGCCAGAAAACGAUUGCUCAAAUACCAAGCAAUUUAAGUUGUCUUCAUUUUGUUCUAAACGUCGUGUGAAUAUUGUACCACUGAAAAUAUAAAAUUUUAGCACAGCGAUAUUUCAUGAUUUGUUGAAUUUAGAUGAUGCUACUGUUUGCAAGCCCAACUUCACAUGGACGUCAAUCCUGGAUAUUAAACUUAAAACAAUAAACGCCUUUUAUAUGAACAGGGAUCAAGGAUUGCAUAAAAGAAUUUGGAGAGAUGUACUAGUCACAACUAAGAGCGAGUCGUCCAACAUAACCAAAUAAAGUUUAUUUUAUAUUCUAACGCUAAUGCCUUAAAGAGCAGCUAGAACAUUUUAUUCUUUUGGGCAAGUUCUUCAUAUUCUGUUAACAGUCAUGACUAGAGUUUCUAUAUGUUUAUUUUAAUCUGCCACUGAAAAUUUUACACGCUGUGGUCAUAGUUACGUUUAUAUUUUUAUGUGGAAGUUCAAUAAUACAUAAGUACUUUAUUUACAGUCACUCCUGUCAGUUUCAUUAGAUAAACUCCAGCCAAAAAAUAUGACAAAACAACUUCAGCAUUCUAGACAAAAUACGUAUAUAAUAUAAUAUUAAUCAUAUACAUUAUUUUUGAACGCAUGUUAUAAGUACAUAUGUUAUAUGAAUUUCACACAAAGUUAUAGUAUCUUGUACGUUGUGAAUAACUCGAUUUUGUUCUUAUUAACCAGGGUAUUAAAAAGGAUACUCAAAUAAAAAAAACGUUUAACUCUAAACUAGUUCACUAUGCAUUUCAAAAAUUGUAUGACAGAAGUCAUCAGUUUUGUAAGAAAAUUAUUGUUACUCCAUGUUGUGCGUUCAAAAAUUGUGAAUUUUAUAAUGCCUUAAAAUUUUAUUCAAAUGACCAUUUAUGUUUUGUUAUUAAAUUUGUACCAUAGACAUGAAAAUGUUUUGUUAAAUUCUAAUAGUUUAACACAAUGUGCAUUAUUAAAAAUACGUAAACAUUAAUUUUUCAAUUUCUCCAAACUGGCUUACUACGAACGAAUUAUUUUUGACAAACUGCUGAGCAAUCGUUUUAAUGUAUGACUCACUUUUUGAACCGAUUAGAAAAAAUCGAGUUAUUGAAAUUUUUGAGUGAUCGUUUUGGCAUGGAAUAGUUCUGUUAGGAUAAUGCAACAACGUACUGUUCUUUACAAUCACCACAGGGCUAUAUUUUUUUAUUUAUCCUAAACUUAAACGCAUGGUACAGUACGUCAAAGCAUCUUGAAUAAAUAUUCGUGUUAUUUUUCGUACACAGGCAUAAAUAUUAUUCAGACGCACAUGUGACAACGCAAACUGUACUUUCUACAUAAUUCGUACCUAGUUCCUGUUUGGUGUUUGUUAUAAGUUACCGCAAUUUAAGGGUGGUAAUUCUUGCGUAAUCCUAACAUAGCGUCCACAUCGGUUGAAUUUGCCAGCUGCUUAAGCUAUCCGCCGAACCAACAAGUGUUGUUUCUGAUUUGAAUGCGGUUGCCGAAGUUCGCCAAUAAGUCAAGAACCGUGGUAAUUCGGCACACAAAAAGUCACGUGUUUGCUAAACGUAAAUGCAUGAAGUAUCCUGCAGACUAGUAUAUUAGAAUAAAUUAUAGCGAGAUAGACAAAAGUGCAAGUUAGGCCUAAGAAUAAAAACUCUUACUAAUCUAUGAGUUUGCAGGACCAUUUAUAUCUUAAAGACGAUUGAAUAUAUGCCACAUGAACUUAACGAAUAACUUGACCGACGAUUUUCCAAAACCUAGUCCACGCCACGUUUGCUGACGGACGACUGGAAGACUUACACAAUGUGUUCAAAUAUUCUAUUUAUUUUUUAAUGAGAGACAAAACGCGUAUUGUGUAAUUACUUCCAGGUGCCGUUAUUAGUAAUACAAAUUUGAUGUGUUACAUUUUAUAAUUUUUGAAUCACUGAUCAUGUUGUAAACUAACUUAAAAUAAUGAUUAGGUAGCAUUAGUAAGUGCGCUAUAGUAGAAUGAAAAAAUACGACUAAGUUACUCCAAGUACCAUCACGCCUUUUAAGUUCCGCAUUGAUCAAGAUAAAGACAAACAUUUGCUAACGAUUAAAUUUUAAAAAUGAAAUGAGGUAUUUUUAUCAAAUCAUGAAAUGCAAGUACAUUUGUCAUUAGCAUAAUAUAUUGGUUUCGUAGCGAUCUGCGUAUCUUUAAUGUAUAAUUCCUACUAGAAGUAAAUUAAAUCCGCAAAUUGAUCUUUCCACAACUAAACAAAGGUUUGUGAUUUUAUAAAUGUGACUUUAACUUUCUCUUGUUGUAAAAAUGCGAUGAUUAGAUUUAUAAUUUUUUGUUCAACUUAAAGACUUAGCAGAGCUAAGAUGUUAGAAGUUACUUAGUAUAGAUAACAGAAAAUGACCAUACACAAGCAAUUGGCAGACUGAAUAUGCAUUUAAAACGAAAAAAGGACGUGAAAAUAAUGUUCAUCUUAAAUAAUUAAGUAGUAAAUAUAGUUAAUCUGUAAGUUACCGCAAAAUAUAUUUUCACAAAAUUCUAAAUACAACAUGUAUCAGUACAUUCAUUUUAUUUUAAAGAAAAAAUAAGGUUCGUGUGGAUAAAUCGAAUUUGUAUAAUAUAAUUAAAAUGAUGUAAUGAAGGAGACUCUACACUGUUAGCUGUGAUCUACAAUAUGGAUGUUUUAUCAUUAAACAAAAGGUCUAUUUAUUAUUUAAUGAACGAAAAUAAACCACUCAUUUUGUGUUACAAUAUAUUUCGGAUCAAAAUUAGUUUCACGUAAACUUAAAUCAGCUAUUGUGUGCUUGCAAAAGUUAAACUUUUGACAAAAAUGUAUGGUACAACCAAUUCAAUUACAUUUCCAUCCCAGUUUUUAUGUAAAAACAUAAAUCAAAAAAAAAUCAUCCAUAACGUUGUUUUGUUACCAUGGUACAUAUAGAUUCGCCACGUUUAUAUAGUUUAUGCCAUAAAUGAUUAUUUUGUUUGUAAAUUGUAUAUCUUUGUUUUAAUAUUGUACAGUGAUUUUUUAAUGAGUAGUUGACUGAAUUAUUAAAUAAACAUAACUAUGUGUUAAUUUAGUUAUGUUGCAUCAGUGAAUCGGUUAGUUUUAGACGAUUAAUUUAUUUUUUAAUUUAAGUGAAUUUUGUGAUUAGUGAUAAAAGAAUGGCGUUAGUAGGGAGGAUGAUCUCAUCUUGUCUGAAUAGUGUUAAAUAGCAAUAGAAAAGUGUAAAUUAUUAUGCUUUAUUUUUAUUUGUUCAUUCACGAUGCAACAUUCAUAGAAUACCUAUUUAUAAGUAGAAUGUAAAAGAAUAAUGAAUAUCAAUUAUAUCAUAAUAAUUUAUGUUAAAAUAGGUUUCACAAAUUCUUGCCAUGAUGAAUCCUAGCCUAGACUGAAAUUAAAAAUUGCUUUGUUACAUAAUGACAAGUAGUAUUAUGAAAUGUUUUAGUUGUAAAAAUAAUAGAUCUACACACUUUAGAUUUUAAACUGCAAUUCUGUAAUGAAGUCUGUUAUAUUUUUACCGAAAGUGCUCAUGCUGUUGUUAUCAAAUUAGGUGAUGUAAUUUUGAGAAAAGCUUUUGAUGAAGAGAGCAGUUUUGUUUGUCACAAAUUUAUAAUUAUUGAGAACAAAUUUUCUUCACUAUCAUUCACCUUAUAAGUAGGAUCUUAUUUGAAAAUCAUGUAAAUAAAUGUAGAAAAGUGCCUAUUUUAAAUUGCGCAUUGCUACCCUCUUGGUCAACUAUUAGAGUAAUCUUAAAUUAUUUAAUGUUUUAACUGUUGUUAUAAUUUGGUUUAUAAUUGAAUAAAGCUGCAUUUUUACAGUUACCUUGUCUUUGCAUUAUCGU